AUGAAAGAAUUGAAGAACAAGCGAGAGACGCCCCACAAUCAUGUAAACAUAGCCUAUAGAAUAGCAAACAUAUAUGCCUAUCUGGAGCAUGAGGGGAGCACCCACAUUUUGGUCUUUCCCUUUUGUUUGUUCUUCACCCUGGACAGGAACGAGCUGUACAGGGCGAGCAUCUCCAUCGUUUCGCUGGUCGUCGAGCUGAACAGCGACGUUUUGAAUUUGCUGAGGGGGUUGUUUGGGGACCGCCGGGAAAGUGCGCAGGUGGGGAGCGGCAGCACGAGCGAAGCUGUGUACUUCUCAUCGGAGGAGUUCCCACAGGAGCAGUUCCCGUGGGGGAAAUUCCCACCGGGGGGAACUCCUCUUCGUUACCAGCAGGGGAGAGAAAGCAGUGAAGACGAACCGACGGUGAAAGCCCACGCAAAGGAGGACCUCAUGUCCAUGCAAGAAGAACUGAACUUCCUCUUCGGGGCUCUGGAAGUUUUUUUUGAAAACGACCAAGUGGCGAAUGAGACGAAUGAGGAAGACGGCUAUGUGAGCUCCUCCUUCAGCGUUACCUACGUAUUAAAUUUUUUUAUUAAUGUGCAGUUGAGAUUUGCCUGCCGCUGCGUAAACCUCUUCCUCUUCCUGCGCAAUGAGGGAACACCUAAUGCGAAGAAGCAGAAGAAGAAGAAGCGGAAGAAAAAAAUAUCGAAUGCCAUAAGCUUUUUGCAGACGGACGAGGCGGGGUCGAACCGGCUGGACCACUCGAAAGGCACAGACAGGUACGUCGAAGCAGUUCAUUUCAAGUUCACAUCUGAGAGGAUCGUUUUUCACUUUUUUGCCACGAAGAAGAAAAGGGACUACCUCCUUAAGAACAAACUGUCCGUAUGCGGCUUCUCUUCAUUUGGUGAUUUUAACAUCCGUGCGGUUCCUUUGCGGUUUGAAGCCCUCAGGGGGGUCAGGGUGUACUCGCUUGCUGACCAUGGGGGGGAGAGGAAGCUCGUAAGGUUGAGGCCGUGUGGCGGGCGCAUCCCGGGGGGCGUUGUAGGGAGGGAAAGAAGUUACAUUGGAGGGGUUCACUCGAAUGGUCACUCUGAUCCUAACUGCUCCUCCCACGGGAAGUGCCGCCCCCCCGCGCUCACGCUGAAACACCAGUGCCAGCUGACCCACUCGGGGGAGCUCAAAAGACACGGCGUGAAGAACAAGCACGUAGUUGCAUGCUCCCUGGAGAGGCUGGACCUGUACGUGCACGACGUCUUCCUGAACGUGGCCUACUACGCGUACGUCCAUUUGUGGGCAGUGAAAACAGGGGAAGCUUAUCACGGAGGGACCAAUCAUCUGACAAAGGGACCCCUCAGAAACGUCUUCCCAUCCGAAUCUCACCUUCUUCAGAUGCGAAGGAACAACAACACCUUCUACAGAUCUGUUACGAAGAAAAUGUUAAGACUUUUCUUUUACUUCAUCGCAAAGAGAAUUACCUGCUCGUUUCUUUUCACGGACAAGAGGGACAUGGCCGGGGGGGAGCAGCGACUCUCCUUGGGUGUGGCGAAGAGGCAUUUCAAGAUCGGGACAAAUUGCCUUGUUGUGAAGCUGAGGAGUCACCUUGUGAGCAUCGAAACGGUGAAGGAGUCGGGCGGGCAGCACUGGGGGGAAGCAAUAAAGGAAUUAGCAGAGGUGGCAGCCCAAAACACUAUCGCUGAGGAUGAAGAAGCGGUAAACGCUAUCGCUGAGGAAGAAUCCGUGGGAACCUCCCCCGGGGGAAAGGCCCACCAACUUCCUCCCAUGCAAAGACACCUUGGCAAAAGAACCCACCAAAGGACAAAACGACGACUCGCAGGAGGGUGCAACACGCGCGGUAGGCGCCAUUUCUACGUGUGUAAGUUGUCCUUCCACAUGUUGGUAAAGGAGACCACUGUAGUGAGGUACAUCGUGGGGGGGGCGGGAGUGAAGAAGGGGAAGCAACGCACAGGGGAGGCGAACCAUCUGGGAGGAGAAGACGGUACUGUGGAGAAGCGAGCGCUUUCCAGGACCUCCCUUACGGGGGCGGCCCCCCCCAUUGGUUCACACCACCACGCAUCGGAACGCAGCCUAAUUUGGAGAGAGGCAUCGACCGAAGUGGUGAACAUACAGCCGAUCGGUAACCCCCCCCCACGGAGCGUUCCCCACGCAGGAACGAGCAAACCGAAGAGAAGAAACGUGUUCGUGAAGAUCGAGGGAAUCAAUUUGAUCCUGUCGGACCCACUCAACAUGGCGAUUUACCUGAACAUCCACAGGGUUCGCAUAUCUUCACAUGUGAGCUUCUUAAAUUUGUUAAAAGGGUACAUCGAAGCGAUUAAGGAGAACUUCCAGAACCCGUUUUUUAGAACCCGUUUUCCGCUUGAUAGAUGCACGAGUGGUAGAAGCGCAGCUGAAGAGGUCAGAGAUUUUAUAAACAGGAGGAACAAGUAUGCCCAUGGGGGGUACCAACGGGGCGCAGGGGAGAAGCGCAUUGGGGGUGGCCUCACCAAGGGAAGCCUCACAAGGGGAAGUCUCACCAAGGGCGCACCCCCCGCGGGAGAGGUCCACCCAGUGGAAGGGAACGGAAGAAAGAACCCACCCAUGUGGUACGAACCGUUUGGAGGUCUCUUCCAAGUGAGAAAAGCACACAUUGAUGUAAACAGGGUCACCUGGAGCUGCACCUACUUUGUGCGUCCACUUGGGGGGGAAGGGAUCAUCCGAAGUGGGGGUGCUGACUCUUCAGGUGAAGCGGCUAACAAGGGGAGGAAGAAGAAGCUGAGGAUGCUGAGGAAGAAGGGGAAGAAGAAGGGGAAGGAAAAACUGCUGCUGAAAAUAAAAAAAGGGACGUUCGUUUUUGCUCGCAGUUGCCAAGGCACCACUCAGAGGAGGCAACUCCUGCAAGUGGCUUCUCUCACGCGAGGUAAGCUCUUUGACGUCCACUUGUUCUUGAAAGGGCUGGAGGAUGGGAAGAAGUUCCUCAUUUUUCAGGCUGAUUAUCUGCACCUGGGGAGCCAAGUGAGGUUUGAGCUCCCCGCGAGGGAGGGGGGAAGUCACCCCCACCAAGUGUAUGUCAAAGCGGUACUAAAAUCGUAUAGCAGUAGGGGAGAGAAGGGGGGCGAUGGACACGUCGGAGGCAACUCCUCCUUCAACGUCUUCCUGAACGAGGGGAACAUCAUCUCGUUGGUUAAUCUAUACGUGUGCGUGGUGGAGCUGGGCGUCAAGGCGCAGCGCCUCCUGCGCAGGUACGGCUUGGGUGGAAGAAAUGCGCUGCUCAAAUCCGUGCGCUUCAAACUGAAGAAUAUAUUUUUGCUGUUCCACGCGGGCAGACAGAACGCCUUCCUGGGGGCGUACGUAGGCGGCCUCAAGGGGGAGCUCACGAGGAAGGGGAGCGGAGGAAGCAGACAGAAGAAGACGCACCGUUUUAGGUACCUACACGAGUGUAAGGAACUGCUCCUGUUCAGCAGCAACGACUAUUUUGAUGCGAAGGGGAAGGUGUACCUGUUCGAAAUGUUUAACUCCUUGUCGAGGCGGAACUACCAGAAUUGUAUGAACAUGUUCAUAUUUUUUUUAAAAAAAGAAAAAGAAAAUUUUGAAGCGAGCAAUUUGAGGAGGAGGAGGAGUAGCAGUAGUAGGGUAAAAUGCAUUGAGGGGGUCAGGGCGGUUGGCCAGCAAUGCAACAACGGGGUGAUGCUCAUCAGGAGAAGCCUCCCAACUGGAGAGAACAAACUUGUCGACCGGGUUAAGAAAACACAAACGGUGCUAAGCAAGCGGAGAGGUAGCCCUGUUAUGAGGAGUGACCGGAUGGCCAUUAAAGGGUUAGGACGCACACAGGAGAGAGAGGAAGGAGUAGGGGUGCCACUUCGAACGGGAGGGAAACGACUAAACAGACGGAGAACAAAACGAUGUGCUCCUCCCCCAACUGACGUGGCAACCGUUUUGAAGAGAGCAGGUGCAAACAGGAAGGAGCUGCUCAGGGAGUACCUCACCAAUGUUGCCUAUUACGAAAGGAAGUUUAAAGAAGAGCAGAGGAAGGGUGGCACCACCCUGUUCGUCAACAGAUGUGUAGAUGCCACUGUUGAAAGAAGAGCUGCUUGCAUGUGGAGUGCAUUAGAGUUCUUAGAAGGGAGAGCCAAAGUGAUCGCCGCGAAGGAGGUUACCCCAAAUGGCAAACUGAUUGUGCAUCUGAAACACUCUGUGAAGGGAGACCCCGUGUUGAACCUCACCAUCAAGCACACGUUUAGAGACGUCUGUUUCUUCCUCCCCAUGCACACCCUUGUUCAGUUUUACAAAAUUGUGAGCACGUCCAAAAUGGGGAGAGCGUUUCAGUUGCUGUCCGUUGGGAGAUUCAGUCAGACGAAACAACAUGGGGAUGCAACUCAGGGUAGGAAAAAAAAAAAAAACCUUUUUCUUUCCUACCACUUUAAAAUAGUUUUUGCUAACUUGAAUGUUCAUCUGCUGUCUGCGUGUACCUACCGUAUGGAUAGCGUUAACGAGAGUGACGAGGAGAUCCUACACGAUUUGAGUCUGCUGAAGGAAAAGACGAGACAUGCCUACCCCGGUGGACGCAUCGACAGUGGAGGUAAAAGAAAACCAAGCAGAGCCAAACACCAGAGGGAAGACAGCCACAGAGUGUUUGCCGAGGAAAGGGCAAACGAGUUACACAGACGGAAGAGGGAAGCCGUUUCCACCGCAACGCAGAAGCGAAGCAAAGGGAAGAAAGAAUCCAUUUAUGGGAAGCCCCCCGAGGGGAAGCACCAGCCAUCCUACGUAACUACCGAACGGGGGGAGGGGCGGAAAAACGUCUACUUGGUGAAGCAGAAAAAAAAAAAAAAAAAUUCCGAUGGGAACUUGAGGAGGAGGGUGUUCCUCUACGACUGGGUGGUCAGCACGAGUGUAAAGGUGGACGUUGAGAGGAAGAAGCGGAAGAGGAGGGGGGCCAUUCGGGGGAGCGAGGUGCAUCGGUCGAAGCAGGCGCAGCGAUCGAAGCAGGCACAACAAUCGAUGCAUACGCAACGAUCGAAGCAGACAGAGAGAGGGACGCACACCCCCCAGAGGGAAAACCCCCCCAAAAGGGAGGAAGCACAAAGAGGCUCCCUCGUGCACGUCAGCAAAACGCACUUCCACAUAUCCACGCAGCACCUCAAGGUGAGGUGCGGCCUCCUGCACGCCCCCCUAACUUCCCACGGCGCGAUAAAUGCCCUGCGGGUGGAACAGGUGAGCAGCUCAUCCAACCAGGCAAAGCAGCACAAGGAAAAGCAGCACAAGGAAAAGCAGCACAAGGUGUACCUAAGCCUGAUGGGCGUUCGGAAAUUUGUUUUGCGGCGUGGCGGGGCAAUGCCAGCCGAGUGCCUUCACGGACAGAGCAACAUGGGUGGAGAUUCGCUCCUAUCCCAUGACGAACCGCAUAUCAGUGUGAUUCCCCUGCGAGAGUUCUGCCUCUACACCGUCGUGGAGUUUAUGAACAUCCUCUGCUUCUACACGCGCGUUAGUUAUGCGCUUAAUCGGGGAGAGUCUUUACGCGUGAAGUCCGGCGAUAAGGGGGGGAAGAAUCUCCCCCCGGAGGUUUUAACACCCAGUUUGGCAGCCCUGGAUGGGAGUCGCACAUCAAAAGAGGGAGGAACAGAUGAACGGGGGAACAUCGCGUGGAAGCGGACUAGCCGCUUUCCCUUCGUCUCGAAGAGGGACGCCGCCGAGCGGGGGGGGAGCAGCCCCCUCAGUAGUAACUCCUCGAAGGACGCGCCAUCUGGGGGAAGCGGCGGGGGACACGCUCCUGUGCAGGAGAACCAAGCAAACCGGGCAAUCAACGCAGACCGCACGAAUGACACCCGCAGAAUGGUCAGCGGAGUUACCACCCCCCAGGCGAGGGACACCCAUUUAAAGAACUCCCAAGCAGACCGGCACGGGAGGAACAUGGCCACCCCCCCAAAAGUGCAGGUGACGAAGAACGGCGUAAACCUAAUUGUGAGCAACGUGUCCGUAGGCGUAAACAACAACGAUUUGCUAAUUUUGAAGCUUCUGGUGGAGGACUUGAAGAACCUGGGGAGGCAGCUGCGCGAGGGGAAGGUGUACACGUGCAGGUACAGCUACCGGGGGGUGGUGAUCUCCUCCAAGUUCCGCAAGGGGGGGGGCGGCAGCAAGCGAGGAGGCAAGCGAGGAAGCAAAGUCGGCGGUGGGGGCGGCAUCAAACGCGGCACGCGAGCGACGAACAAGCUGCACAUCAGCGUGGACGCGUUGAAGGUGUCCUGCCUAACUCUGGGGUACCUGCACGAGCUGUUCUCCCUAAACUGUGUAAACAACCAGCUGACGUUGAGGAGUAGAAGCCGAAAGGGGAAGCCCAGAAAAACACAAGUGGUGCUGAACAUGAAACAGAUGAAUGGGCUAUGCAUAGAAGUCUCACACUUUAGCAGUAGCUUAUUUAAAAACGCGAGGAAGGUUCCCUUUGUAGAUCCAUUCGAUCUGUCAUUUAGCUACAACAUGGAUGAGAGGAAAAAGAAGAAGCUCUGGAUUUAUAUAAAAAAUGACGUUCGCAUCUAUCUGGGGAGAAGCAUAAUGAAUUUCGUUUUCCUCUUCAAUGAGCACUUCGUCCAUUCGUACUUUGCCUACCAUGAGUGCAUGCUCAGCAGUCAGGUCACCAACGAGAGGGUAAAGACCAUCAGGGAUCUGCGCAAUUUGGAUUCCUCCCCAAAUGAGCUGAACAAGGAAUUUAUAAUUUUAAAAAAUUACACGUCUUACAAUUUGGCCUACGAGUAUGAGGAGAACGUCGGGUUGGUGAAGGGGAGGCAGGACGGCCUCAUUGUGGGUGCCAAUUUGUUUGUCCUCCUCAUUUACAGCGUGGAGGAUGCCAGCCUGAGGAGGAAGGUUUUUCUCAAGGGGAGGGGGUACCCCUCCAUGGGGAGAGAUUACCUCUCUUCUGGGAGAGACUACCCCUCCCGGGGGAACCACCCCCACUCGCUGCACGACCCACACCACAAGAAAACCCUCAACGAGAAGAACUACCUACACAUCGACGUGGGCCUCCAUGAGAACAAAAAGUGCAUCAGAGUGUACCCCUACUUUUUUGUGAAGAUCCUGUUCGAUGAGUACCUCAAGCGGGACGUCGCCUCGAUAGAGGGGGACUCCACUUUACCGAAGAAUAACCCCUCAAGUGGAGGUGGGGGGGGGAAGAAAAAAGCAAAGCAAUUUCUCCAUUUGAAGUUAAAGUUUAUCAAGGCGAACACGAUCAACACGUGCGUGGUGAAGGAGAAGCAGAGUGCCUUCAGCGUCCCCUUUCACUUUAUGAAGAGGUGCGAAUUCAUCCAGCUCGUGGUGAAGAUGCACAGGGAUAAGCUGUACGUGAGCAACAAAAUGAAGUUCUCCCAGUUUUUGAGGCUGCGGAGGUACGUCUUUAGGGACGUGCACGACGGAGUGCAUGUGCUCUACUGCGGCUUCUUCUUCCUGGUGAAGAGGCGCAUGUGUGGGGAAGCGGCAAAAGAUCUACACCAGGAGGGGGGAGCAAAAGACCUACACCAGGAGGGCGAAGCAAACGGAGUGCACCUGAAGGGGGGGGCAAAAGACCUACGCGUGAAGGGCGAACCAAACGGAGUGCACCUGGAGGGAGAAGCCCCCGCGGAAGAAGCCAAGUACGCCAAACUAUUCAGCGUCGUCCAAGUGGUAGAAAAGAACGUUCACGUCCUGUCGAUCCAAAACUGCAUGCAGAUAAUUAACCUGACCCCCUUCCACAUCAACGUGUUGCUGAAGAGAGAAAAGGGAAGAAUCAAGACCUACAGCCUGCCCAGUUUCGACUUCGCUAAUGUGUAUCACUUUUGCUUCCUAGACAAUCUCAUUCUGAAUUUUAGUCUCUCCUUCUACCGCCAGUGGAUCAAAUUCUUCAGGGUGAACAAUGAGGCGUAUUUCGCGCGUGCGGAGGUGAGGCAGGAGUUGUUCGCGGCGGCAGGCGGUCAGCCAGGCGGCCAAGCAGCAGGCCAAGCGGCAAGCCAACCGAGUGACCAACCAGCAGACCAACCGCCAGACGAACCGGCGGACCAACCGGCGGACCAACCAGUCGGCCGGGCGAACGCAGCCCCCCCGCCCCAAAUCCUCUUUUUUGAGAUCGUCAAAUUUCACAGCCUCUACUUCGUGGUGUACAUCUACAUGCGGGAGCAGACCUACACCAUCGCCAUCGUGAGCAAGCACAACAUUGUGAAUUACACGAGGAACGCCCUGCAGUACUACGUGCUGAACGACGAGGAGGACUGUCUGGACGACCUCAAAUUCGAGAGCGAAGUUAAGAAGUACAGUCUGAAGGAAACGUACGGCGCGCUCAAGGAGGAUUUCCUUCUGCUGCCCCCGGUUGUGGAGAAGAGGGUCUUCGCGGCGGACGGGGAUGUUUUGAGGGUAGCAGAAGGGGAAAAGAAGAGCCAAGGGGAAGGGGAAGAAGAGGGAAAAGAAAAGGGCAAAAAAAAAGAUAGAGACGAUGGCCAAACCAGAGACCGAGGCAGAGACGGUGGCAAAGACCCCACCGAGGGGCGCAUCAAAAACUACUGCUUCAACCACCGCUUCGCCCUCAACAGCCACAACAAGGCGGCGAGCGGCGACUCCGUCUCCUACGAAGUAAACAGGUCCUACACGAAGGUGAUUCAGCUCAACGAGGAGUACUUGACGGUGCGCGUCCACCACGUGCGCUUCCACUGCUUUGGCAUUUCCUUCGUCCAGUUCUUUCCCUACCUCGUUCUGGUCAACCUCACCAAGUACUCCUUCGAGGUCAAGUCCAAGCCGCAGGACGCGCUGGAGGGGGAGCGCCAGACACAGCAGCGGGAGAGGCAGCGGGAGCGGGAGCGGCAGCCGCACGACUCGGACCAAAGCGACGACCUGAACUUCAGCGAGCACUCCUGCUUCUCCCCCACGAGCGAGGACGACUCGGGGGGAGGCGCACCAGGUGGGCACCCUCAACGAAGCGGCUACCUCGGGAAAAUCGCCGCCCUCUUUGACGAAGAGAAGGCGGAGAGCAGCCGCGCUGACCGCACCCACCUGCUGGAGAGCAUGAGCGUGCAGGAGCUAACCAUAAAGAACAAAAGCGCGUGGGACUUCGUCAGCCUUAAGGUGAGGAAGCCGGGGGGCGCAGGCCAACUUCUGCCCGACGAAGUGUCGCUCAACAAAGUGCCGCUCAGCAAAGUGCCGCUGGACGAAGUGCCACUCAUCGAUAUGCCGCUCAACAAAGGGAACCGCCCGGGAAGAGCCAAACUGGUUAACUACGCACGCGCGCUGAAAGUCCUGGCCCGGAAGACCCUCGAGAGGAGGGGGGCCCCCCGGGUGGUGAAGACCAAACACGUGAGGGGGAAGUACCUAAGGAUCCACAAAAACUGCUCCACCUACUUCUACACGUACAAGUACGCUCAUAUUCAAAUGAAGAACGACCAGCACCUGACGGUGGUGAAGGAGAAGCUCUUUCACAUCGCCACGGUGGAGAAGGACAAAACGUAUUACGUUUUUAUUAAGAGAGUUCCGCUCUUGUUGGGGGGGGAAGAAGAAGACGGAGGAGAGACCCCUGAAGAGGAAGCCCCACCUGUUGAGGAAGCCACCUCGGAAGGGGAACCCCCCCUUGGAAGGCUCCGCUCAGCCGAGGACAACCGCACCCUCCACGCAUGCAAUAGCUUACCCAAAGUGCACCCCGACCCCGUGGCCUUCACGAAGAGGAACCCCAUGAGACGAGCAUUCCAAAGCUACAAAGAGAAGAUAAACGAGCAGGUGAUGAGAAAGAAGGGGAGCAUCCACAUUUAUAAUAAUUUGGAGGUCCCCUUCUUUGUUAACCCAGCCCAAAGCAGACACCUCUUUUUUGUUAAGAGAAGGUACGUGAUCUUCAAAGGGGAGAAAUGUAUUUUUUUUUUCUUUCCAAAAUUUAUUUUAAUGAAUGGGUCCCUACAGUUGCUACUCAAGCUGGGAGAUGACAUGCAGAUGAGAAGAUACCAAUCGGUUAGGAACUACCUCCACUUGGUAAAAACCGCAGAGAUGUAUCAAAACUUCCACGUGAUGAAGUUCUCCCUGGUUUGUAACCUCAUUUCGUCCUUUUCCUUUUCCUUUUUCCUGCUCAAGAGGAGGAGAGUUAAAGGGGUUGUCCCUGGCAUGGGGGAAACCCAACAGGUGUACUACGAACUGUACCUCGUGAAGCACCACUGCGAUAUGGUGCUCAACAAAAAUAAUGAUGCUAACAUGAUUGUGAAUGGAGUGAGGGAGUCCCAGUUUUUGAAGAAUGUCUUUUCGCUGGACUACUUUUUCCACUUCCUCAAGGGGGAGAGGCACAUGGUGGGGGAGUCCCCAAUAGGGGCGUCGCCCAAGUGGAAUCACACGAAUGGCUCGCUCCCCCGAAUGGAGGACACGAGGGGGGGGGUCAUCUACGUGAACAACCUCUACGGACUGAGCGAGAAGGACCUGGUCAAUGUCAAAUUGUUUAUUAAGAGUGUUAACCUGUUGCUGAAGUUCGAGGACCUGUCGGGGGAGGCCACUACCCUCGUGCAGAUGAAUCAGCGGAUUCACUUUAGCAAAAUUUUCUUCAACUUGUUCACCUUCCAGUGCCUGGACGGGAAGUCCCUGGCGCGGAGGAAGCGCUGCAUAGGGUUCUGCCGGGUGCGCGGGGGGAGGAAAGAGCGCAGCGGGAAGGGGAGCCAUCUGCAGAAGUUGCAUAUGCAGGGGAGUCAUCCGGAGGGGUGGCAUAUGCAGGGUUUGUCCGAUGAGCCGGGCGAAUGGGGAGGGAGUCCCCUAAGGAGGAGCGGCAGCAUGGUGAGGCGGCUACUCAGGAGAAGCGGGCCAGAGAGUGUCACCACGAUGGCGGCGGACACGAUGGCGGCAGGCACGUUUGCGGCAAGCACGAUGGCGGCAGGCACGAUGGCGGCAGGCAGGACGAGCCGGGGGCCGGGGAGAACCCUCUCCCUGACGAGGAAAAGAAACGCUUCAAAAAUCUACAGCGUGUAUAGACUGUUCAAGAGCAAGCUCUACUGCCAGUACUCCUCCCACCUGUUCUGCAGCUACGUGAAGAACGUCCUCCUGUAUAGGCAGCUGUUUGAUUUGCUAAAAAGCAACGUGCAUGUGGUCAGCAUGAGCUUUUCCGAUUUCUACGAGAGAGUGCUCAUCCUAAUAGAUAACAUCCGUGUGAGUAAAGAAGACGAGGGGGUAGAAAAGAAACCCUUCGAAGGAAACAGCCACACCAUUCUUACCAAAUAUAAUGAGGAGGAAACGUGUGUGCAUGUAAAUAUAGACUUGCUAAAACAGAGGGUUAUGAAAUACAAGCAUAUUUAUAAUAGCCUGAAUAUCGUGCAUGCUUGCUGUCACUUGGAGAGAGCGAGGAGACAGAGGAAGAGGCGCAGACAGAGAGAGACAAUCGAGUGGGUUGACCCCUCAAAUGUGGUCUCCACCAACAGAGGUGAGAGGAAGGGGGGGGAGACCCUCCUAGUGGAAGAGACCAAAGGAAGAAGAGUCACCUUCACCGAAAGGAACGCUGCGCGCGUGGUGAGCUCGAACCACUUCGCCAGGAACAGGGCGCACGCGCUGCUGUACAGCGCCUACCACUUUUACAAGAGGGGGAGGGGCUCUCGGCGGGGCUCCUCCGACGGCGACAGAGAGGGGGGUGAUGCCAACCGCGGACAUGCCACCGGCCGAGAUACGAACCGCUCCGAUGCCAACCGCGGACAUGGGGCGACGCGCCAAAUAGACAACCUGGUGCAGUUCAUCGAGCAGAUAAAGCAGCAGAAGCUGAGCGGGAGGCGCAGGGAGAUCAUCAAGAACCUCUCCAUCGAAAUUGCAAGCCUGAGUCUGACGCUGGACUAUAACUACUUCGUCAACGUCGUGCCCCAGUGCUACGAGUACGUGUGCAGGCAGUGGCGCUACUUCAGCGUUGCCGGCAGUAGCGGAAGUAGCGGCAGUAGCGGCAGUAGCGGCAAUCGAGGCAAUCGCGGUAAUAGGGGAAGUCCUCCCAAUCGCUGUAGGGGCAGUCCGCCCAGCCGAGGCGACGGCGCGCUGCGGGCGCUGCUGCACGGGGGGGAAGGGCUGAGCGAACUCCAGCCGUUCGCCGCCGCGCGCAGCCUGUACAUACCCACGAGCGAAAAAAAAAGGAAUUUCCUCCUCUACAUAUAUAACCUUGACAUCAAAAAGACGAAGAUCUACAUUAACGUGAAUUACCUGCUGAAGUUAUUGCUGACGAAAAACUUCCUCAUGAACAUAUCGGCCAUCAAAAUAAAAAAUAAAAAAAAAAAAAACAUACAGUAUAUUUUAAAAAAAAUAAAAAAAAUAUAUUUUUACAAUUACAUUAGCAUCUUUUUUUAUCUUUUGAAAAAUAUUAAUAUAUCGGAACACUCCUCCUCCACGACGUUAAAUGUGUUGUCCUUUUUGGAGAGUCUUUUAAAAAACAACCUGCAGUUGCUGUGCCCCUUGAAUAACCUCUACAGCAUCGUUGUUACGCUGAAGCACAAGUGCGAGCACCAGCUGGAGCAUAGCAGUAAGGCGGCCACGAGGAUUAACCAAGACUCAACUUACCCAUUAAAUAAACACAUUAAUCCCUUCUUCAGCUUCGAACCCAGUCGGGGACUUUUAAUUUCCAGACAGUACUAUCGCUACUAUGCGCAGCAGCAGAGGGAAAACAGGACCAGCGCCUACUUGAAGAACUUUUUCUCCUUUAGCUACCCAACGUUUUUUUGGAAAAGUGUUUUUACGAGCCCAUUUUCCAAGGAGCUGCGGCAGCGUAGCGGUACUGCCAUGCGGAGGACACUCCUCGAUGUGCUCAGCCGAGUCUCCCCAGGGGAUGAUUCCCCCCUACAGCGUCCUGCUGAACGGGUAGGUAGCGGCACCCCCCUGAGGGGUAAACCCCACACCGCUGGGGGAGAUGCCAAACAGGCACGUGCACUUCAGCGGGCCAGCCGCGCCCCACGGGGAACCCCCCAAAGUGAGGCGGAACCGCGGCGCACGCGGGGGGAAGCUGACCAGCCGAAGCAAAAAAAGAAGAAGCUGAAAAGGAGGAAAAAGCGAGACGUGCAAAAUAUAACGCACAUAUCGUUCACGCACAAUCUAAAUAUAGGGAAGUGA